UUCUCAUUUUCCCCUUAAUCACCUUCUAAAUCUCGCUGUAAUUCGAUAUAUAAACUCCACCGGAUCGACCCAGCUCGGGAUGUGGAAUUAGAGAGAGAUGGUGGUGGCGCAGGCGGUGGAAGGCAGAGGGAGCAUGGGAGCCGGAGGCGGCGGAGGCAAGGAGAUGCAUUUCCGAGGGGUGAGGAAGCGGCCGUGGGGGCGGUACGCGGCGGAGAUAAGAGACCCGGCGAAGAAGAGCCGGGUUUGGCUGGGGACCUUCGAAACCGCGGAGGAAGCGGCGCGGGCGUACGACGCCGCCGCCCUCCAGUUCCGCGGAUCCAAGGCGAAGACCAAUUUCUCCCGCCCCGACGCCGCUGCCUAUCCCAACCAGGGCGUCGCGGCGGUCGUCGCGCAUCCCGCGGCCGCCGGCGGCAGCCCGAGCAGCCAGAGCAGCACGGUGGAGUCGUGCGGCCGCGAGGAGGCGGCGGUGCCGCCCCUCGCGGUCCCGCUGCCGCCGUCGAUCGACCUCGCUCUGCUCGAGCGCGGCCGGUGCGGCGCCGCGCGGUUUCCAUUUCGCCCUUAUCACGUCGCUCCGGCGAUGCCGACGGCGCGCCGCCCGUUCUUCCUCUUCGACUCGAUAGGAUUCAGGCCAGAGAAACCAGAGGCAGCCUUCGAUCGCCGCCACGUUGCCAUCUGUCACCCGAUAUUCGUCGCCGGUCUGACGCCGGCCGCAGCUCCUAACGCCGCCGCCCAGAGUGACUCGGAGUCGUCCUCAGUGGUCGAUCUCCGCCCCAACCCUUUACCUCCGCCGGCACCGCUCAACAAGCCCCUUCGAAAGUUCGAUCUGAACCUCCUUCCCGAGCCUGAGUUCGACUGAUCAUGACUUUUCCAUUGCCUUCGCAUUCUCUACUAGUCCUUUUUUUUUUUUUUUUGUUGUUGUUUUUUAUUCUCUGCUUUUUCCUCUGAAACAAGUGAAUCUUGAGGAAGAGAGAAUUUUGUAAACUGCUAAUUACCCUUUUUUUCUAUCCUCUUUAAAUUUGUUUUUUUUUACUAAAAAAAUGUUGCGCGUAAUCUAGAGAAUCCUUCCUCCG